CCUUAGCCAAAUCUUCACCAUUUCUCUUUUUAUCGCGAUAUCCACACACAUAUAAGAAAGAGUUAUUUACAACAAAUUGGGAUUCAUUGCUUUUUAGUUUUCGAUUCAAGAGAGAGAAAAAAUAAAAAGAAAAGAUCAAGUGAGAGGUGGCAUCAACCAUACCAUGGCUGGUUUGCAAAGAUCUGCAGUGUCGUUUAGGAGGCAAGGAUCUUCAGGGAUUGUUUGGGAUGACAGGUUUUUGUCCGAGUUAACCCAAGCAAAUCAAGAACAACAAGACACCAAGCAAGAAGAACAAGCCCAGGUUGCGCAAGACAACAAUAACCCUGAAAAACUCGAUGCUAGUAAGGAUGUUAAGCCCACAAGAAACCUCCCACCCAUCAACACCAUCGAAAGGAGCCGAUCUAAUGGUGAAAGGCGAGGUUACCGUACCGGUAAGGUAUCCCCUGCUAUUGAGCCGCCAUCUCCCAAGGUUUCAGCUUGUGGUUUUUGCAGUGCUUUUGGGAAACAACCCAAGAAUCAUAGGAAAAAGCCUGGUAAGCGUAGAUCAAGAUAGGCCCUUUUUUAUUAUCUAUUCUUUCUCUUCUUCUUUUUUUAACUCUCUUGUAUUUUCCGGUACCGGAGUUGGAAAACUCCGGCGAACUUGUUGGAUAGUACUGGGUACAUUGAUUUCUGCCUUGUUAGGUUCUUUUAGAAAGAUUUAAGUAUAAAUUAAAGUCCAUCUAUAUGAACAGAGAUGUGGAGAAUAUCUAUAUUUUUUUUCUUUCUUUC